CACCGAUCAUGGAAAGUGCCAAAGAUUUCGGCUCGGUCAUGUGAUCAGCUGUGUCCAAUCACAGCUGAUCGCAAGCUGUCACACUAACAGCUCGAGAGGAGAGCAUUCCUCUGAGGGGACAUGUACACUGAUCAUCAGGGCAUUGAUGAUCAGUGUACCCUGAUUAUCAGUGUAGCCCCAGCAGUGCUACCUGCCAGUGCCCAUCAGUGCCACAUAUCAGUGCCUACCAGUGCACAUCAAUGCCACAUAUCAGUGCCCAUCUGAGUUGCCUUUCAGUGUCACAUAUCAAUGCCAGUCAGUGCCACCUAUCAGUGCUUGCAAUCAGUGCCAAUCAGUGCUGCCCAUCAGUGCCACCUAACAGUGCCAGUCAGUGCCUCUUAUUAGUGCCACCUAUCAGU